GAUGGUUGUGAUGAUCAUGAUUACGAUUAUGACGAUUAUGAUGAUUAUGACUAUGAUGACGAUUAUGGUUACGAUGAUCAUGAUUGUGAUCAUGAUCAUGACGAUAAUGACUAUGAUUACAAUUACGAUUAUGACUAUGAUGGUUAUGAUGACUACGAUUAUGGUGAUUACGAUUACGAUCACGAUUACGGUGAUUAUGAUUAUGAUGAAUGACUGUGAUAGCUACGAUUAUGAUUACGAUUAUGAUGGUUAUGAUUAUGACGACUAUGGUUGUGAUUAUGAUUAUGGUGACGAUGAUUACGAUCACGGUUAUGAUUACGGUUAUGAUGACUAUGAUCAUGAUUAUGAUUAUGAUGGUCAUGACCAUGAUGAUUACGAUGACCGCGAUUACGAUUAUGACAAUUAUAAUGAUCACGAUUGUGAUCACGAUGAUUGUGACAAUGAUUAUGACCAUGAUGAUGAUCAUGAUGAUGACGAUUACGGUUACGAUCAUCAUUACGAUCAUGACGAUUAUGAUCAUGGUGACUAUGAUUGCGAUGACUAUGAUUAUGGUGAUCAUGACAAUGAUGGUAAUGAUUAUGGUUGA